ACUCCCGGGACAGCGCAGCACCCGCCGGGACUUAAGCCCCCCGCCGGCCCGAGCGGUCAGUGUUCCUUCCCGCUGUCGCCCCUGCAACUUCCAGGCCCGCCCUCGGCCCCGCCCACAGCGUCUUGGGCCGGAUCCCGGACGGAGACCCUUCACACCCCAGAGGAAGGGACCCCGAUCUCUGUCUCCCAGCCCAUCGCCAGUGGUGCCCUCUUCAUCUGGACCUCGCCCUCCUGAGUCGCCCCCAGGAAUGAUGCUGGCGGCUCUGCUGCUGGCUCUCAGCUACCUCGGCCUCCAUUCCCUCCGGCAGGCCCAGGCUGUUCCCAUCCUGCCCCUGGGCCUGGCUCCAGACACCUUCGACGAUGCGUAUGUGGGCUGCGCAGAGGAGAUGGAAGAGAAAGCAGGCCCCCUGCUGAAGGAGGAGAUGGCCCGCCACUCCCUGCUGCGGGAAUCCUGGGAAGCAGCCCGGGAGGCCUGGGAGCACAAGCGCCAUCGGCUCACCCUGCCCCCUGGCUUCAGAGCCCAGCACGGAAUCGCCAUCAUGGUCUACACCAACUCAUCUAACACCUUGUACUGGGAGCUGAACCAGGCGGUGCGGACCGGCGGCAGCUCCCGGGAGUUCUACAUGAGGCACUUUCCCUUCAAGGCCCUGCAUUUCUACCUCACCCGGGCCCUGCAGCUGCUGCGGGGCAGUGGGGGCUGCAGCAAGGGACAUGGGGAGGUGGUGUUCCGAGGUGUGGGCACCCUCCACUUUGAACCCAGGAGACUGGGGGACUCUGUCCGCUUGGGCCAGUUUGCUUCCAGCUCCCUGGAUGAGGCAGUGGCCCGCAGAUUUGGUAAUGCCACCUUCUUCUCACUAAGGACUUGCUUUGGGGCCCCGAUCCAGUCCUUGUCUGUCUUUCCUGAGGAGCGCGAGGUGCUGAUCCCCCCACAUGAAGUCUUCUUGGUCACCAGGUUCUUGCAAGAUGGAGCCCAGAGCCUGGUGACUCUCUGGAGCUAUAAUCAGACCUGCAGCCACUUUAACUGCGCCUACCUGGGUGGGGAGAAGAGGCGCGGCUGUGUGUCUGCACAAACAGGAGGGCAGCCACAUUCCACCUCCAAGGGGGACUUCUCUCUGCUUUCCUGGAAGACUCUGCUCUUGGCCCCUGGGGGCUUCCAGCUCUCGGGGGCUGGGCCCUGAGAGCCCAGUGUCUGCAACUUAGGAGUCCUAGGAACUUGUGACCUUCUGACAAAGAAGGGGGCUUCGAAUGGCCUCGAAGUGGGAAUGUGGUUUCAGACCCAGCCUUAGCCACCAUUUCCCCAGGGAAGGGGACUGACCCAGCCAUCUCCCCUCCCAAACAGGAUGUGGGGGGAUCUGAGACCCUGGUAGGGUGGAGGGAGCCCUGCUGUGUGGUAGGGAUUCCCAGGGACAAGCAAGGGUGGUACCAUGAUGGCCACUCAAUUAAACAGUACUGCAGUGU